CAGGCGCCCCCCGCCUGGCUCCGGAACAUGUUGUAGUCGUGCCCGGCGUGCUCGCCCUGGUGGAAGCACUCGGCGCACAGGCUCAUGCAGGGCGAGAUGCCGCACGUCCGGCACCGCUAAACCAUAAACAUGAAGAAAUUAAAGCUGAAAGAACUGGAAAGCUGUCUUCAAGAAGUCGAUACUUUUGACAGUCCAAAACUACUCCUUGAACAGUAUCCAACAAGACCUCAUAUCGCAGCAUGUAUGCUUUAUACAAUUCACAAUACUUUUGAUGAUAUUGAAAACAAAACAAUUGCAGAUUUAGGAUGUGGUUGUGGCAUGCUCAGCAUUGGAAGUGCAAUGUUAGGAGCAGGAUUCUGUGUGGGAUUUGACAUAGAUGCAGAUGCACUGGAAAUAUUUAAUAGCAAUAUUGAGGACUUUGAGCUCACGAACGUCAACAUGGUUCAGUGUGACAUCUGUUCUUUAUCUGGUAGCAUGUCAGAUGCUUUUGACACAGUUAUUAUGAACCCUCCGUUUGGUACCAAGCAUAAUAAAGGAAUUGAUAUGAUUUUUCUGAAAACUGCUCUGCAAAUGGCAAAAACAGCUGUAUAUUCCCUUCACAAAACUUCAACACGGCAGCACAUUCAAAAGAAAGCAGAUGAAUGGGAAGUGAAGAUGGAAGUCAUAGCAGAACUUAGAUUUGACCUACCAGCAUCAUACAAGUUCCAUAAGAAGAAAUCAGUUGACGUUGAAGUGGAUUUCAUUAGAUUUUCUGCCAAGAAACUCCUGAACUGAGGCAUGUCUUUAAAACCUAUUGAAAAUGGAACAAUAAAACCGCUAAUUUUUUAAAA